AUGUCAUCCACUAUUGAUCAUGAAUUUGACUCCGAAAUAAUCGUCUCACCCAGACUAUCAAGUGUGCCGACAACUCCUGAUCAAAGUUUGAAUGGCGGCACAGAUAGACUCGACGAAGAGUCGAGUAGCACCAGAACCACUGUGGGGGAUGAUAGUGAUCUAGAGGUCUCAGUUGGUGCAAGGCCAAUCCGAAAUAUAUGCUGCGUUGGCGCAGGCUAUGUCGGCGGUCCAACUGCUGCCAUCAUUGCAUUUAGAAACCCACAUAUCCGAGUCACAGUUGCUGACAAAGACGAGCGACGCAUUCGAAGAUGGAAUUCUCGACAUCUACCUAUAUACGAACCCGGGCUUGCUGAAAUCGUUCGGAUUGCACGAGAUGGACUCCGACAUUAUCCCACCCCACCUACGGCAACUAAAGCAGGAGUAAUCUCACACGUCGUUGAACCGUAUAAAACGCAUGAAUCGCAAAAGAUGCACGACAAACCACAGGGAGAAACUACAUUCUCUCGGAUGCCGAACUUGUUUUUCUCUGCCAACGUUGCAAGAUGUAUUCGAGAGUCGGAUAUUGUCAUAAUUGCGGUUAACACUCCGACCAAAAUGCGAGGAUCAGGCGCAGGGAGUGCAACAGAUAUGACAGCUUUUGAGGCUGUCGCUGCAGAUGUUGUGCAGCAUGCAAGGAACGGAUCGAUUAUUGUGGAGAAGUCCACAGUUCCUUGCAAAACAGCCCAGAUGAUCCAGGAGAUGAUUUCUGUACGUCGGCCCGGCGGUCACUUUGAGAUUCUGUCCAACCCUGAGUUCCUCGCGGCCGGGACUGCAAUUCACGACCUAUUACAUCCAGACCGAGCUAUCAUAGGUUCUGCAACAACAGAAACCGGGAAGGCCGCAGCAGAGACACUAGCUGGAGUCUAUGCUGCCUGGGUUGACCGAGCCCGCAUCAUCACUACCAACAUCUGGUCAUCGGAGUUGGCGAAACUCGUGGCUAACUCUAUGUUAGCCCAACGACUCAGCAGCAUCAACAGUAUUUCGGCAAUCUGUGAGGUCACAGGGGCCGAGGUUAAUGAGGUCUCGGCGUCGAUUGGAAUGGACUCCCGAGUUGGUGACAAAUUUCUCCGCGCAGGCAUUGGGUUCGGGGGUAGCUGUUUCAAAAAGGAUGUCCUCAGUCUUGUAUAUCUUGCUGAGUCCUUGGGUCUCAAGGAAGUUGGGGCAUACUGGCGCCAGGUGGUGACUAUGAAUGAAUAUCAGCGCAACCGAUUUACCAGUCGUGUUAUCAAGUGCCUGAACAAUACUCUGGUGGGAAAGAAGAUCACUCUACUGGGGUAUGCUUUCAAAAAGGACACAUCGGAUACCCGAGAGGCACCUGCCCUAGAGAUAAUCAAGACUUUGCUUGAUGAAAACCCCGGAGAAGUUGCAAUAUUUGACCCUUGCUGCAAUCCCUAUGUCAUCGAAAGUGAGAUCCGUCAGCUACACGGAUACGGGCCUCCCGCUCUCAGAGAUGAUGGUGGCGCCGUGAGAGUCUACUCAGAUGUCUAUGAAGCCUGUGCAUCAUCUAAUGCGAUACUCAUUGUCACCGAGUUUGAUGAGUUUCGAAAUACUGAAUUGGUUGCCGUUCCUCGUUCAUCAUACCUCCCACCGGGACACCUACCCUCGCAGAAAGAUGUAAUUCCUGGGACGGAUGGUGUGAUUAAUCCACUAUAUGUCACCGACGCUCAAGAGAAACUUCACAUCGAGCCUAAUUGUGCUGCAGAUUGCCCAGACUGCCAGAGAGAAAAUGGCAGCGAGCUUGCUGCGGGUAAACCCAACGACAACCUUCCCAAGAAGCAGGUUGACUGGAAGAGAAUUGCGGAUAACAUGGCAACACCGAAAUGGUUGUUCGAUGGGCGAUGCAUUAUUGGGAUCAGGAAGAUGAGCCAGUUAGGUAUUCGAGUUGAGAGCAUUGGCUCCGCUGGCGAUGGCUAUUGA